AUGUUGCACAAUCAACGAACGCUUAGGUCGACGCCAAAAGGGGAGCCAGAAUUGUCGAGCAAGACAGUAUUCGCUUCGCCCAUCUCUUUUGAGAAUACUUCGACAUCCCUCAGCCAAGUAGAAGCUCUUGAAUAUAUACCCCUCGGGGAUAUUUUGCACAGUGUCGAUGCUUCUGAAAACAAUAUCCUCCGUCGAAAACAGCGCAAACUAGCAGCGACUACAGCAUCAACAUACAGUCUCUAUUCAGCUAAUCCAAUGCAUCUGAAUGCUCUCAACUCAACCCUGAUAUUCGCCCAGCACGAGGCAGGCACUGCGGUCUGCAUCCAUCCUGAUGGCUGGCUCCUCACGUGCUCCCACUGCAUCGGCGAAAGCCCCAUCGAAUGGCAGGCCAAUAAGCGCAAAUGGCUCCUAUACUAUACGGGUCUAGCUGUGCAAGCUGAAUGCCGAGCUUGGGACCCCAUUCGCGAUCUCGCCCUUCUCAAAAUUGUCAUCAUAGAAAUCACUCAACCCGGACCACAGCACAUACCUGUCUUCGCUCAUUUACCGCUAGCUUUUGCAGUACCCAAGAUCAGAACACCAAUCUUCUGCCUUGGCCAGCCCGGUGCGGAAGAUCUCGAAUCGGACACUUACCGUAAGACGAAAUACAACCUCACUGAGCUCUCUGAGGGUAAGUAUUAUGGAAUAGUAGGAGGUGCGGAUCCGCAGAACAACGAAGCGAUCGGGACAUUGAAGCAUGAUGCCUGGACUUACUGGGGUCACUCCGGGGCACCACUUGUGAGUGCUCAGAAUGGAGAGUUGAUAGGGUUGCAUUCAAGUUGGGAUGAAUUGACGGGCAUGAGACACGGGAUUCCGCUUGAGGCUCUAGGUGCCUUCGUGAGCAAGUACUUGGGUAGUGAAGGCGACAUUCGUGGAGGGAUGAAUGUAGCAGACAAGGGAAAGCAGAAGGAAGUGAUUGAUCUGACUGCUGAAAGUGAUUAG